ACGUAGUGCUAACGUCUUUGUUUUUGCAGCUAUCCUGGGAACGAAGUUAUUUAGAUCCAUGCGGCCAUAUUUCUAGGACCAUACAGCAUGUCACGUUCCAGCAGCAUUGAUGCUAAGGUAUAUGUUGGGGACAUUUCUAGAGAUGCCUCAGAGAAGGAGCUUGAGAGAGCAUUCAGUUACUAUGGACCAUUGAGGAAUGUUUGGGUAGCUAGGAAUCCUGCUGGCUUUGCCUUUAUUGAGUAUGAAGACCCAAGAGAUGCAGACGAUGCAGUUCGAGGGAUGGAUGGCACAACUAUCUGCGGAAGCCGUGUACGAGUAGAACAUUCAACUGGGAAGGUACGUCCAAAACCUUGGCUAAGAGCAUCCCGAGGCCCACCACGUAGUCGUCGUCCAUUCCAUCCCGAUGACAAAUGCUAUGAAUGUGGAGACCGGGGCCAUUAUGCAUAUGAUUGUCCCCGAGUUAACGGCAGCAGACGUCCCAGUUCUUCUAGAAGGUCCUCCAGACGAUCUCGGUCAAGGUCAAGGUCAAGAUCAAGGAGUCCCCGUGGUAGGCGGAGCAGGAGUUAUUCGAGGAGUCCAUCACGUAGCCGGUCGCCCAAGUACAAGAAGCGCAGCAUGACCAGGAGCAGAACAAGGAGCCCAGCCAGAAGAUCACGGACUCCCCACAGGUCAAGGAGUCGUUCCCAUGAUUGAUUGUGAAAAGCCUGAACAGAAUUUGUGUAGCUACUAGCUCACACUGAACUAGGACAUUGACACUGUUAUCCGUCAGUAUUCGGAGGGACAUAACAUGUUAUAUUCAUCAGGCAGUUUAGGUUUUAUUUUGCUGUCCUCAUUAUAAUUAUUGCAAGUUAUUUUCAUACUGUUCCAAUCAUUACAUCAUAUAAAUAUCAUCAGUUUUGUUUUCCACAAGUUUUAGAUCCAUGUUUUUAUUGUACCAAGUAAAUAUAACAUUGUCUUAAUGAAUCUAAUGUUUGUUCAUUUAGUGUUGACAAUUGGGAGGAGAUGCAUUUUAAUUUGAUGUCUGGUGUCCAAAUGCUAGAUAUAUCAUGUACAUACUCAUUUUCAUCCCAUUUCGAGAGGUUCACCCUGCCAUCCUAUUUUUGAUUACUAAAUGUGUGUGCUGAAAGAGAACAGUAAGAUAUUUAGGGAUCCAUUGCAUAUGAUGCGCUGUGAUGUAAUAAUGUUACUCAUUUGUGUAAAUAAACUCAUUAAACAAUU